AUGAAAAGUUUGUUGCAAGAAACUUGGCAGCGAGGUAUAGGAUGGGACGAAAACUUACCUAAUGAUCUAAAAUACGAGUGGGAAAGUUGGUGUUCAGAAAUUGAUCAUUUACCCAAGUUUGAAAUACCUCGUAAAUAUUUUCCGGGGGGUUUAGAAAAUUUUGAUACCAUAGAACUUCACAUUUUUUCUGAUGUAAGUCCUAAGGCUUAUGGUGCUGUUGCAUAUUUUCGAUGUGCCAAAAUUGAUAAUGAAAUUCGGACCAGUCUUGUUUGGGCAAAAUGUUGGGUUUCCCCUAUAAAACGUUUGACAAUCCCUCGCCUCGAACUUAUGGGUGCGAUAAUAGCUGCUAGGAUGUGCAAAUAUUUAAAAACUGUUUUUAGUUCUCAUGUUUUAGAUGUCCAUAUUUGGUCAGAUUCCAUUGUCGCGCUACAUUGGAUAAAGGUUUCACCGAUAAACUGGAAGCCAUUUGUGGCAAAUAGGGUAGAAGAAAUACAGUCUUUGACUAACCCCAGAAUUUGGAAUUUUACUCCAGGGAAAGCCAAUCCUGGAGAUUUGUUGACCAGAGGGGAAAGUUUAACUAGUCUUGUAGAAAAUACAUUAUGGUUUGAGGGUCCAGAUUGGUUAUCAAUGCCUAAAGAAAGCUGGCCGAAGCAUGACAUUCUUCCCAGCAAUAAUGAUUAUUUGAUUGAAAAGAGGUCCAAAUUAAAUUCUAUUCAGCUUUCCUGCAAUGUUAAAUUACUUACAGAACCAUUGCUGGAUUUAAGAAAAUUUAGUAAACUUAAUCGUGUAUACAACAUCACCGCUUGGAUUUUCAGAUUCCUUAAUAACAUUAAUAAGAAAAAGACUAAGCUGUCAGCUGAGCUUACUACUGCAGAAAUUACAAAAUCGGAAAAAUAUUGGUUAAAGUUAACUCAACAAACUGUGUUCACUCUUGAGAUUGAAGACCUGAAACGGGAAGAACCUAUCAAUAAAAAUUCUCCUUUAUACAAUUUAAACCCUAAAUUGGAUGAAGAUGGUUUAUUAUAUUUAUCGGGAAGACUUCGCUUAUCUGAUCUGCCUCUAAGGGAAAAAAAUCCUUGGAUACUCCCGGGCGGGGAACAAUUCACCAAACUGCUAAUUCUUCAGGCCCAUGAAAAAGUUUAUCAUUAUGGAGUAGCCACAACCUUGGCGCAUCUUCGAGAAACAUAUUACAUCAUCAAAGGAAGGAAAUAUGUUAAAUCUGUGCUGAAAUCUUGCAUUAUUUGCAAAAGAUUUAAAGUUAGACCUGGCAAAGAAGAAAUUGCUCUUUUACCGAAGGAUAGGAUAAUUGAAUCACCCCCAUUUGAGACCUGUGCUGUUGAUUUCGCCGGCCCUAUUUUUAUCAAAACUAAAUCGGGCCCGGAAAAAGCUUACAUUGUGCUCUUCACCUGUGGAGUUACUAGAGCUGUUCAUCUGGAAGUAGCAUCUGACCUCAGCACUGAAACCUUCAUUUAA